AUGGGUGAUACUUUUCACGUACUGGUUCUACAUAAGCUGACAAAAUCCAGUACGAUUACGAUCAAAAAUGUUGUUUUGAAAGUUGACGUGGCAAACUUGAAGUUUACAAUUACUUCGAAACAAUUGGAAACGGUUGGUUGAUUUUUAAACUGUGAAAAGAAAAAACAAAAAGUGUUUCAGGAAGUCUUUCCGAUCUCAUUGUUCAAACAAUACAAGGUUAAAUCUGGAGGACCAUAUGUCACUCUACAUGUUUUGGAUAGAAACGAGAAGAAUAUGUAAGUUUUUUUGAAAAAUCAAUAUUUUCAAUUCUUAAAUUUUCAGUUCUUUGUUGAAAUUCGAAUUUCGAGAAGGUGAUCCAAAUAUGGAAUCAUUAGCACAAUGUUUGAAUAUUAUGAUUAUGAGAAACAAAGAAAUCAAUGGUUCGAAUACCCGAAAAAUAUUAGUACGAUUACCUGAAUAUCGAACACCGGCAGCCUUUCAACUACAACCAAAAAGAGCAUGCUCGUUGAUAAAGAAACCAAUACAUAAUGUAAGAUUUUGAAGCUAUGUUUUUAUUUAUCAGAAUGUUUAAUUUAGACUUCUCCAUCACAUGUGGUUUGUUAUGAAUCUGAAGAGCAUCAACUAGAAAUGAUUACAAAACAAAAUUGUUCACUUGAUUCACACACUUUUACACUGGAAUUGGUACGUUUGCUUACGAAAAAAUCGUGUUUGCAAUUGAUGAAGAACGCUGAAUUGGUCGUAGAUAUUGUGAAUCAGAAAUUAUCGAUUUAUUAUAAUAAAAGAGCUGGAGAGGUUUGGAAGAGCUGGAGAGGUUAUUUAUUUAGAAAUACGUUUUUUUUCAGAUUGUAUACCCAAUUACGAUUUUCAAACAAUUUCGAGUUAAAGCCGAUGGAACGUUUGUUCAUUUAUUCGGCGUGGAGAAUAAUGAAUGUGAGCUGUAAGUUAUAUCGAAUAUGAAUUGAAAAUUGGUUCGGAAUUCUCUUUUCAGUGAACAAGUAGUGUUCGAAUUUCAAGUUGAUGAUCCACAAAUUAUUCAAUUAACAAAUUUGCUGAACAAAUUGUUCCAAAAAGUGCGAGCAAGAGAAAAUGAUAAUGUUGAUGAAGAAGGAACUUCGGCACCAAAAAGAAAAAUGUACAAUAAUAAUGAGAAUGAUGAGAUUGUAACUUUAGAUAUCUGA